AUGUCUCUUAGUCUUGGUAUAACAACACAAUCAGAUGCAGAGACAAAAUCUUUCGCGGAUAAAUUUCAAAAAUUAGUGGCUUCUUCAUUUAGCCAAGCGAAAGAGGAUACCAGAAGAUUUACUCGUAAUGCUCGUUUCAUUAUACUUAUUACUGAUCCUCCCGGUCAUGGGCGCGAAUUGAAUGAUAAUCCUGCCAUUGACAAAUACCCUCAAGGAGUUGAAACACACACAGUGCAAAGCAUCUGCGAACGACUACUGAAGAAAGAUGCUGAAAUCGAUUUGAUGUUUUGCUAUAUUAAACCAAAUGCAACAGCUAAAAUGCAAGGGGCUUUUGCAGCCUACUACAAUGCAAAGAAAGAGGAGACAGGCAAAGCAUUUACUGUCAUAAAAUUAUUUGAUGACAAGCAGCAAGAAACGCAAUCAUUUCAUUUCGUCUUUGUUCUCGAUGAAUCAGGUUCAAUGGGUAGUCAAUGGCAAGCCUUACAAAAAGUGUAUCAGGCAUUUUUAACUCGACGCAAUGAUGAUCAAGGCGGUGAUGAUCAUUUUACUAUCGUAAAAUUCAAUCAUAUUACGGUGCUGGUUUAA